GCGCGCGCUCGUGCACGUGGCCAGGUCCCAAAGUGCAGCGCGGUCCAAAGCCAUUGUUCUCCGCGCGGUGGAGGCGGUGGAGGCGGUGGUCCCACAGACAGCGGCGCUCGGGGCAGAGGUGGCCGCACUCGGAGCUCCAGAGGCCUGGCAGGCGCUCACAGCAGGCCGCCAUGACGAGCUCCGGCCCGCGGCUCGGGCUGCUGCUGCUGACCGCGGUCCUGCUGCAGACUGUGGCCGUCACUAUUACCGUGCUGCACUUCAGCUCGGCUCUCAGCGCGAUGAAGGAGACGUUCGCUCGCAGCAGUGUGUCAUGUCUGACUCUGACCGGAGCCGACUUGUCCUCAUCUGACCCCUGCUCCCAGGUCACCCAGCAACUGCACCUGCUCAUAGAGAAGUCCCUGUCCCAGCGAUACCAGAGGCAAAUCUCCUCAGCUGUCAGAGACGAGGUGUCGCGAGUGCUGCCCUCUGUGGUUCUGGAGGGCCACAGCUCCUCCCGGCCCAAAGUGGCGGCUCAUGUCACCGGGAGCUUUGUGUCUAAACCAAGUCAAGACGCAGGAGCCACUUCGUGGAGCGGGCGUCGUGUUCAGGGACAGAAGAUCUCGUGGUGGGAGGGACAGAGGGGCCUGGCCUUCCUACAGGAUGUACAGCUCCAGCAGGGAGAGCUGGUGGUGUCACGCGGAGGCCUGUACUACGUCUACGCUCAAGUGUACUUUAGACACCACCAGGGGGAGCCAGAGGAGUCAGAAGAGCCAGAGGAGCCAGAGGAGCCGGGGGGCAUGGGGGAGGAGAGGGGGGAGAGGGGGAGGCCACUGCUUCAGUAUGUCUACAAGAAGGUGAGUUCAUACCCAGUCCCCAUCCUCCUGAUGAAGACGAGCCGGACCUCCUGCUGGUCUCGGGGCUCAGAGUUCUCUCUGCACUCCGCCCACCAGGGGGGGCUGUUUCCUCUGGCCACAGGAGACCGGCUCUUCGUCACAGUAACCAACGCUUCUGCUGUCGACAUGGACGAGAGGAGCAGCUUCUUUGGGGCGUUUCUCAUCAGUUAAACCUGACCUUACCUGCAAAAAGAUUCCAGAGACGACCUUUCACCUUUCACUGGUUCUGCUAUUUAUUAAAGUGCCCAUAUUACACUAUGAUCUAUGUCAGCACAACAUGUCGGCCCUCCUGGGGAUAGCUGCACAUCAUGUUAGUGAGCUGCAAAUUUUUUAUCAUUUGGGCCAAAAUUACUACACAACACUGCUGAAUCCUACAAGUAUCACCGACUAAGAAAAUAAAACUGGAGAACGAAGUGCAUACGUCACAGUGGGUGUGUACGUCACAGUGGGUGUGUACGUCACAGUGGGUGUGUACGUCACAGUGGGUGUGUACGUCACAGUGGGCGUGUACCGUGGAGGUGAAAACAGGAGUUGAUCAGCAAACUGGCGUCUUGAAAAUAAGAGAUUAAAGAUUACUCAAACACCAAUCACUCCAAAUACAACGUUGGAUGAGUCAGUGGUGAGGGGAAACAACUAUAACAUGGUUAAAAGGUCUGAAAAGUCAGUUUUUGCAGAAUAGGUUUGAUUUAAACCUUAAAUGCCUCUCUUUGAUCUGAGUGGUCACUACCUAAACCCCAGCACCUGCAGACAGUCAUGACUCAGAUUCUAAAUUUUAAAAACAGUACGAGGCAGGAUACAUAAAGUUCCUGUAAGUGUAAGUAGAAAGUAUUGGUUCAAAAAGUUACUCAAAAAGUUACUUAAUUUAAUAAAGAGUAAAAAAGUAUCUGGGAAGACUUCUACUAUGCAUGACUGAGUAACUGUCUGGACAUUGUAAGUUGAUGUUCAUGUAAUUGGAAGCAACAAUCUGGUAUUUUCAAAGAACAGACACAAGAAAUGAGCCAAACCAAAUCAUAUCUGAAGGAGCACUGCACGAAACACAAAAGUUCAAAUCAUUUCAGACUGUCAACAUAAAGCUUAAGUCACAACUUUUACUCAAAUAUAUUGUUCAGCAGAUUCCACUCUGCUUUUUCUCUUGGAGACUAUGAACGCUUUUUUAUAAUGAAAAACUGGAAUUGUACAUUUUGAAAACUGCCUCACAACUCGACGCUGGACUGUGGCUUAAACCAACAUAAACUGUUCAGAAUCUGAACUCAGAGACUUUGUUUUGAGUCAUUUCUGCUUUUUAAACUCUUUCUAAUGUCAUUUUUUAUAUUUUUUCAGAUGUUUUUUACUGGCUGGUUUACUCCACAUCUGUCUAAUAUUACACUGAUUUGCUGCACUCGUCUCAAACGGGCUUUAAGUUCACCUGGACGUGUAUUAAAGAUGCAUUAUGUAAUUUUUCUAGUACAUGGUUUGCCACCUGCUUGUCUCCAUGGAGAUGUCAUUGCGUUGCCUAUAAUUUUCCACAGUAUGGCAUUACACUACUAGCUCCAUGAGUAAGAAUGCAGGAUUUUCAAGGUAUUUUGAGCUACUUAAAACACCAUUACCUGAAGAAAUGCAACAUUAAAAAGUUUAAUGCCAUACUGUGGAAUAUUCCUGGCAAAGCAUUGCCAUUGAGACAAGCAGGUGGCAGACCCUCCUUCAGAAAACUUAAAUAGUGCACCUUUAAGUUCUGACUGUAUCCCCAUGCACUGGGUUUACAGGGAACAAAAGGCUUUGGGUUGGUCAAAGUCUUACCCUGGUUUUGUCUUGGAUUAGUCCUGGUUCAGUCCUGGUUAAGUCCCAGUUUAGUCCAGGUUCAGACCUGGUUUGGUCCGGUUCAGUCCUGAUAUAGUCCUGGUUUAGUCCCUCUUUAGCCCUGAUUAAUUCUGCUUACAUCACAAAUUUUGAGAUAACACAACAUACAUAAUGGCAACUUCUGCACCAGGACUGGAACGGAACUGGGUCAGGACUGGAUCAGGACUGGAUCAGGACUGGACCAGGACUGGAUCAGGACUGGACCAGGACUGGACCAGGACUGGACCAGGACUGGAUCAGGACUGGACCAGGACUGGAUCAGGACUGGACCAGGACUGGGCUUGGACUGGAUCAUGACUGAACCAGGACUGGACUAGGACUGGAUCAGGACUGGAUCAUGACUGGACCAGGACUGGACCAGGACUGGGCUUGGACUGGAUCAGGGCUGGACCAGGACUGGAUCAGGACUUGACCAGGACUGGGCUUGGACUGGGCUUGGACUGGAUCAGGACUGGAUCAGGACUGGAUCAGGACUGGACCAGAACUGGGCUUGGACUGGAUCAGGGCUGGACCAGGACUGGAUCAGGACUUGACCAGGACUGGGCUUGGACUGGGCUUGGACUGGAUCAGGACUGGAUCAGGACUGGAUCAGGACUUGACCAGAACUGGGCUUGGACUGGAUCAGGACUGGACCAGGACUAUAUCAGGACUGGGCUUGGACUGGACCAGGACUGGACCAGGACUGGACCAGGACUGGAUCAGGACUGGACCAGGACUGGAUCAGGACUGGAUCGCGACUGGAUGAAGACUGGAUCACGACUGGACCAGGACUGGGUUUGGACUGGAUCACGACUGGACCAGGACUAUAUCAGGACUGGACCAGGACUGGAUCAGGACUGGAUCAGGACUGGAUCAGGACUGGACCAGGACUGGACCAGGACUGGGCUUGGGCUUAAACCAGAUGCUUUUCAUAAACCUUUCUUAGGCCAUUCACAGCUUUAUUUCAAAAGCAUCUGGAACCCAGAGCUGUGAAAAUGUGUUUUAUAACAAGAAUCACAUGUUUUUGAUAAACCAGAGAUCUGUUAUUGAUGAAAUGUUGGAUUAAUGUUUUUUAACUUUAACUUUACUAGAGCUACUGUCAGGAGUACAUAACAAAAUACUUCAUACUUUGUCAGAUCAACUCUUCCGUAAAUAAUUGUGUCCAGAGAUUGUAGCAGCAGCAGCAGUAGUGGUAGUAGUAGUAUUAGUAGUAUUAGUAGUAUUAGUAUUAGCGAUAGUAGUCGUAGCAGUAGUAAAAAAGUACCCCAUGUAGUUGGUUAAUAUGGAUCCAGCCAUUGAAAAUUGUUCUGAUGGUAUUUUUGUGUCCUUAUUACAAAACAUAUUUUAUUUCAUUAUUGUUGUUGCAUAUUUAGUACAUUUGAACAACUGAACUUCUCAACAAAAAAAAGCAAAUUCUUCCAAAAAUCAGUGUGUGAAAAAUAUGAAAAUAUGAAAAGUCAGAUCUUUGAAAAAAUGCCAUGAGUGAACAGAGGGAAGCGCCCUGUUUUUCAGCUUUUUGUUAUUUGCGUUUUCAAUACUCUCUGUAAAUGUUUUGUGUUCAGGGGAAACUCUCUCCAGAUCUGUUUAAACUGUGACAGAUGUGAAUGUACAAACUGU